UCGCUGGUUUUAGCUUAAAUUGUAGAACGUAUUUUUGUUUCUGUGUAAAGAAAGACAACAACCAGUGAAAUAGAGAUAAGUUUUAAUCCACGAUUUCUGUUUUCUUUUCAGUCAUAAACGGAAAACAUUUUUUUUUUAAUAUCUGACAGUGUUCAGACAUUUUGUCGCUUUUUAGAUCGCCUUUUCGAAGAUGAACUCUAAUGUGGAAAAUUUGCCCCCUCACGUUCUGCGCUUGGUCUACAAAGAGGUUUCCGCUUUAGCAGCCGACCCGCCCGAGGGCAUCAAGAUUUAUCCCAGUGAGGAAGACAUAACCGAACUGCACACGUCCAUCGAAGGACCAGAGGGAACUCCGUUUGCUGGUGGCAUUUUCCGAAUGCGCCUGGUCCUCGGGAAGGACUUCCCUGCUGUUCCACCCAAGGGGUAUUUCCUGACGAAGAUUUUUCACCCCAACGUGGGUCACAAGGGAGAGAUCUGUGUCAACGUGCUGAAGAGGGACUGGAAGGCAGAACUCGGCCUCAGACAUGUCUUACUUACCAUCAAGUGUCUUCUCAUCCAUCCAAACCCAGAAUCGGCUCUGAACGAAGAAGCUGGGCGCUUGCUUUUAGAGGAUUAUGCAGAAUACGAGUCCCGCGCCCGUCUUCUGACAGAAAUCCACGCUAUGGGUGGGCCGGGUGGCACCUCCGGGGCACCCCAGGACCCUAAUGAUGGCCCACAGCCGAAGAAGCACGCGGGUGACCCUACGAAGAGAGCGGGCCCCAGCGCAGCAGCCGUCCCAGCAGCUCUGGGUAACGGAGCUAACGGAGCCAGCAGCAGUAACAGUAGCAGCAUUAAUAACGUAGCAGGGAAGAAGAAAGCCGAUAAAAAGCGUGCGUUGAGGCGACUUUAACACCUCAACCAAAUUAGUGUGUGAGUGCGAG